AGUGGUGGAGUUUGGCAUGAAGUUCAAAUGCUCCUGCACCCUGCCCUGCAGUAUCUCUAACCAGGGGACUUUGAUAAGGAAGCUGAAGGCUGAUAUUACCUUUGCUCCCUCACUGCAACUGAACACAUUUCUUAGUUUUUAGGUGGCCCCCACUGGCUAACUUGCUGUGGAGUUUUCAAGAGCAUAGAAUUAUCCUUUUCACUAUUAAAAGAAGAUGCUGUUUAAUCUGAGGAUCCUGUUGAACAAUGCAGCUUUUAGAAAUGGUCACAGCUUCGUGGUUCGAAAUUUUCGGUGUGGACAACCACUACAAAAUAAAGUGCAGCUGAAGGGCCGUGACCUUCUCACUCUAAAAAACUUCACUGGAGAAGAAAUUAAAUAUAUGCUAUGGCUAUCAGCAGAUCUGAAAUUUAGGAUAAAACAGAAAGGAGAGUAUUUGCCUUUAUUGCAAGGGAAGUCCUUAGGCAUGAUUUUUGAGAAAAGAAGUACCCGAACAAGAUUGUCUACAGAAACAGGCUUUGCACUUCUGGGAGGACACCCUUGUUUUCUUACCACACAAGAUAUUCAUUUGGGUGUGAAUGAAAGUCUCACGGACACGGCCCGUGUAUUGUCUAGCAUGACAGAUGCAGUAUUGGCUCGAGUGUAUAAACAAUCAGAUUUGGACACCCUGGCUAAAGAAGCAUCCAUCCCAAUUAUCAAUGGGCUGUCAGAUUUGUACCAUCCUAUCCAGAUCCUGGCUGAUUACCUCACGCUCCAGGAACACUAUAGCUCUCUGAAAGGUCUUACCCUCAGCUGGAUCGGGGAUGGGAACAAUAUCCUGCACUCCAUCAUGAUGAGCGCAGCGAAAUUCGGGAUGCACCUUCAGGCAGCUACUCCAAAGGGUUAUGAGCCGGAUCCUAGUGUAACCAAGUUGGCAGAGCAGUAUGCCAAAGAGAAUGGUACCAAGCUGUUGCUGACGAAUGAUCCAUUGGAAGCAGCGCAUGGAGGCAAUGUAUUAAUUACAGACACUUGGAUAAGCAUGGGACAAGAAGAGGAGAAGAAAAAGCGGCUCCAGGCUUUCCAAGGUUACCAGGUUACAAUGAAGACUGCUAAAGUUGCUGCCUCUGACUGGACAUUUUUACACUGCUUGCCCAGAAAGCCAGAAGAAGUGGACGAUGAAGUCUUUUAUUCUCCACGAUCACUAGUGUUCCCAGAGGCAGAAAACAGAAAGUGGACAAUCAUGGCUGUCAUGGUGUCCCUGCUGACAGAUUACUCACCUCAGCUCCAGAAGCCUAAAUUUUGAUGUUGUGUUGCUUGUCAAGAAAGAAGCAAUGUUCUUCAGUAACAGAAUGAGUUGGUUUGUGGGGAAAGGAGAAGAGAAUCUAAAAAAUAAACAGAUCCCUAACACAUGGUAUGGGUGAACUGUAUGAUACCGCUUUGCCAUUGUGAAACUUUCCUGAAGCCUUUAAGUGCUGAUGCACUGUAAUACACGCUUAACUUUGCUUAAACUCUCUAAUUCACAAUUUCUGAGUUACAUUUAGAUAUCAUAUUAUCAUAUACAUUUACUUCAACAUAAAAUACUGUGUUCAUAAUGUAUAAUGUCUAAGCCAUUAAAUGUAAUCUAUGCUUAUUACCUGAGUAAAUUAUCACCCACACUAAUUUAUAAGUAAACAUUUACCAGGCAGUGAGCUACUGGUAAAUCUGUGGGCUGCGUUCCUGUCCCCCAGGACCAACUAGAAAGCCAAAUGAUUCAUCUUACAGAUGUGGUACAAUUUUCAGGCCAAUGAGGUAGACAGGCAUUCAUUUAUGGAGGCAAAUAACACAAUUCUUAAAAUAUAGCUAUUACUGUUCCCAAACUCUGAAGUUUUUUCCAAUAACUUGUGAGAAUGUGGUAGUGGGGAGUUCUUCAAGAGCAUGCAUCUCUUCUCUGUAAUGAGUACUUACUGUUACAAGCCAUAAGAAGCUUUUGUUAGCAAGUGGUAAAACCAUGGAUACCUAGAGUAGCAUUUUCUUAGGUUCAAAUUCUCCAGCAAGAGCAAUUUAAUUUUUUUCAUGUCUGUGUUUAUCAUGCAUCUACUCACACCAUAUGCUGAAUAUUUCCAUAAAUCUACUACUUGCAACAUUUUGGCCAAUCUUUUUCCUCGAAUUUUUCUUUGGGAUAAUAAAAAUUUACAUUAUUGAAUUAUUAUAAUGUAAUUACAACUAGAUUUCUCUUGUGGGUGACCAACAUUUGUAUUGCUGAAUGAUUAUGACAUAAUUUGAAUUUUUUAGUUAAAAUGUUAAAUAACAUAAGUGAAGUUUUUUUUUAAAAUUAUACAUUUUACAGAAUACAAAAUAAUGUAAUUUCCUUUACAUUCUACAUUUACUAUUAGAAAAAUGUUUCCAGGCUGGUUGACUGAUAUUCUUCAGCACACAUCUCUGACUUAAAUGAGUAAGCAAGGGAUGAAUUACAAAUUAGAUUUGCAAUGAAGAUGCAAUAAAACUUUUUUUUUUUUUUUUUUUUUUUUUGUGGGGGGAAGAGGCUUAUAAUGUUACAGAAAAAAAAAAUCAAAUUUUCCAGUAAAUGUCAAAGGUGACUUUCAUGUCCGUGGUAAUUUAUUGGAAGCACUUAGAAAGAGAGUGGAGUUCAGUGGAAUAUCUUUCAGCAGAGAGUAUAACAAUGAUUUAACCAGAAGAUGUCAUAUGGAUUGUGGAAGGCUCACCCUCAAAUUGCCUACACAGAAAGAAGUGUCCUUCCACUUACCAAAUGGUCUCCCAUAGUAACGAGGUCCCGUCUCAUUCCUGGUUAUUCUUUGAAUUAAAUGGAUAGCAUAGUCUUCUUCCCUCAAUUGGAAAGAACUUGUAAUCAUUUUCUUGCCAAAAUAUAGUCAUUUUUUCCUCAAAAAGCCCUAUAGCUUUCUUUAUUGGGUACAUACAAUUUAACCUCAUUCUCAGCCCAAUUCUGUAGGAAUGUAUAUGCUUUCUUAACUUUUCCUCUUAAUCAGACAUUAUUUAUACUGUCAGGAAAAAAGAAAAUAGGGGAGGAAAAUUCACCCUUAAUUUUUGCAAAGCUGUUUUCAUCUCCUCUUUCUUCUUACCCCUUUUCCUGUAUAACUAUUACAACUCCAAAGUCUAAUGAGAACUAUAGAAAUGACCCUUACAUCUUUGGUGUACAUAAUAAAUCCUAUUACCUAA